AUGGACGCUCAACACGAUCAGGUCUCUUCGGAACAUGAAGAGACAGAAGAUCAAUCUCACGCGCCACAGCGCCGGCGUCGUCCACCCCUGUCUUGUACAGUCUGUCGCAAGCGCAAAUUAAAGUGCGAUCGCGCUCAGCCCUGCGGGCAAUGCGUGCGCUCAAAGACCACAGCCCAAUGUGUUUUUGUUGGAUCGCAGCCAGGCCCUAUAUCAGACUCACAGCGACGAAUGUCUCCCCCGCAAUUACCGACUGGUCGUGGGGCAGACGAUCAAUCGGGCCGGAAAAGCGGGAUCUUUGUCUUUGAUUCAAAAUUGGGGCCGACUUCCACCUCGAAUCGCGUUUCAAAGCGUGGUCGCUCCGAUGAACUGCAUGAGCUCCGGAGUCGGCUACGUAUGCUGGAGAACUCUCUCGGCAAGUCGUCUCAACUCACACCCGAGACGUCUGUUUGCGAUGUCCUCUCCGAAGUGGACACGGCGAAUAGCUCAGAGAAUGUCGGUGUCGAUGAUCGGGUGCGAUUCUUGCCUGAUACGAGCUUCCGCGGGAAGAAGGCGAAGACCCGCUAUUUCGGUCGCAGUCAUUAUACAACUACGGUCUCCUUUUUCCAAGAUAUUGGUGCCUUCAUGCGGCGUGGUCGUCGUCGGGGAGAAGGAAAGGACAAAGAGUACACUGAUAUGAAGAAGUUCAAGACCGAGUUGUGGUCGCGCGAGACUCAAGCUCAUCAACGCGAGUUCCGUGAGCAGGCCUUCAAACUCAAAGGAAUGGUCCCCCAAAAAGUAGUUGCAGACCAUUUGCUUCAACUAUAUCUCGACACUUUUGAGAUGACAUAUCGGGUCUUGCACACGCCAACUUUCUUGAAACAAUAUGACGAAUACUGGAAUGAGAGCCAGCCAACUGACAUGAGCUUCGUUGCUCAAUUGCUCGCCAUCAUGGCUGCUGGGAGUUGCUUCUACGUCCCACCCCCAGGUCAAGAUAAUCGAGAUAUUUUCCAAAAACCUGCCAUGAAGUGGAUAAUGGCUGUUCAGUCUUACAUUUCAUGCACAUUUGUGAGUCCGGAAAUCGACUUCCGGAUGCUCCAGACCCAAACACUUCUUCUGGUAGCUCGUCUCGGGGUUGCCAGUGACGGAGAUGUAGCUUGGGCCUCGGCUGGGUCAUUGAUUCGAUCUGCGACGACAAUGGGACUGCACCGUGACCCGACCCGGUUCCCAAAAGCUCGACCGUUUUAUUCGGAGCUGCGUCGUCGUUUAUGGGCGACUAUCGUCGAGCUAGAUCUCAAGAUCUCCCUUGACCGUGGUGUACCACCCUCAGUCGACCUAGACGAAUGUGACUGCGAUGCACCAUCCAAUUGGAACGAUGCAGACUUGUUCCCUGAGAUGGAAAGCGAUCCUGCUCCGUUGAGCACUGCUCUCUAUACCCAAAACUUUUAUCAUACCCUCCUCACCAAGACCCUCCCCCUGCGCUAUCGAAUCGCCAAGAAGAUCAAUAGCCUCCGGUUCGACCUAUCUUACGAUGACGCUCUACGGAUGGGCGAUGAGCUCUCUCGCGCCACGCAACAUACCUCUUCCUUAUUCGACGAUAACGCACACAGUUGCGCUUCAGACCAAUCAGAACGCCAUCGAUUCGCCCAAUCUCUCCACCUAUUCAUCAUGCGCAAGUUCCUCCUCGCCCUCCACCGCCCCUUCUCGCUCAGCGUUGUGCGUCUGCCCAAAUGCUCCUACUCUCGCAAAAUAUGUCUGGAAGAGUCCCUCGGCAUCUUAUCUCAAAUGGAACUCUCUCCUCAGACAGAGAACAUCCCCUAUCCGCACAUCACGCAGCUGGGUAGCGGUAUGUUCCGCGAUGAGACCUUCCACGCUGCAGUCACGGUAUGCGUGGAGCUCUCCCUCCAAGCUAACGAGAUGAGAACGUCCGCCACAUCCGGCAUGGACGGCGUUAACUCUAGCGUUCUCAUGAGCAUGAUCCAGUCUCAGCAGGGGGUGAUGAUGCAGGCUGUCGAGCGAACGGCCGAUAACUUUGGGAGACGUAUUGGUGCUGGCGGAAAGGGGUGCAAGCCUUUCUACUUCUUGAAUAUUAUUCUUGCUUCCGUCAAGUCGCGCGUCAAGGGGGAGGAUCCUUUGUCCAAUAUUGAGGCUGCGUCGAAGAGAUCUAUUCGGGUUUGCAAGGGUAUCCUGGAUGGCCUUACAUACGAGCAGUCGAAGAGCACUGCGGAUAAUGGGUUUGUACAGGUUGGUAGCCUCUUCGGCAGCUUUGUAUCGGUCCCGGCUAACAGUCUUCAGACUCCUGUUCCUUCUAGCGCUACACCGGCUUCUGCCACACCAAGUGAUGUUGAUCCUAUGUCACUAUUGUCGAACGAUUUCAGUGAUUUUACGCCAAUGGACAUGGGAGGAUGGUUUGAGGGUCUGGAUUACACUGGCACUGAGCUGUGGGACUGGAAUGCCGAUUUGUCGGCUAGUCUUCUUCCAACUUACGCACCAGCUACCUAG